UCGAUACUUCGACGAUAAUAUCCGAAUCAACAUCAGGCCAUGGGUGGACCCUCGCACCGAAUUCUUAAAGGCAAUAUCCGUCUCGACGUUUUCAUCAUUAGCACUGUCCCUAUCUUCGAAUCUCGACGGUGACGCAGAACGUCAGGCGAUCUUCUGUUCUCGGACAUGGGUUCUAUUAAUCAACUUCCCUUAGCCUUUUCGCUUUUUUAAUUCUUCUGACUCAGAGAGGUGCGGCCCAAAAUAUUCCGGCUUCUUCUCAAGCGCUGUUUAAAAGGUCGAAGUUUUUGACUUUUGACUACACCCCUCGCCUCGUUUCGCUCGUUGAGACAUACCUUGCCUUCCUCUAUGGCUUCCACAACGAAUCCGCUCGUGACAAGCUCUCAGUCUGGGGACGACUUAAACGGAAAAACCUCUCCAGUGUCGGUGUCCAACUCAGAUGUCGAAAGAACUAUAUGUGGUAUACCAGUCGGAAAUCAAGCUACUUUUGAGCGACGAGUAAUGCGUCGAAUUGAUCUGCGUGUGCUCCCGUUGCUCGGGAUACUGUACUCUCUCGCAUUAAUUGACCGAAGCAACCUUGGCGUUGCGCGGAUCGCUGGCAUGGGCGAAGACUUGGAAUUGUCUAUUGGAUCCCGAUACAGUCUUGUCUCUUGCGUAUACUUUAUACCCUAUAUUUUACUUGAGCUUCCGAGUAAUAUGCUUUUGCGUACCUUUGGCACUCGCAACUUGCUUUCUUUCUGCGUCAUUGCUUGGGGGGCCGUGCAAUUGGCGAUGGCAUUUGUACCUAACUGGCAAUAUUUGGCACUGUGUCGAGUCCUCUUGGGCGCGUUUGAGGCUGGCUUUUUCCCCGCACUUGUAUUCAUCAUUACAACAUGGUAUCGGCGUCAUGAAGUCCAGAAGCGACUUGCUGGUUUUUACCUUAUUUCCCUUUUAACGGGAGGAUUCAGUGCGAUUGUAGCAUAUGGCUUCAGUCACUUGGCCGGUAAAGCAGGACUUGCCGGAUGGUCAUGGAUCUUUGUCAUCGAAGGCGCAGUCACCAUUUUUUUUGGCUGUGUUGCAUGGGCUUUCCUUCCUGGGUUUCCUGACAACAACACUUUCCUCAACAGCGAGGAAACCAGAUUUAUCUUGGAACGCAUCGAGGAAGAUCGAGGUGAUUCGCUACCAGAUACUGUGACAUUAUGGAAGGCUUUCGAGCACCUUUCAGAUUGGAAGAUUUGGGUCUAUGGUCUUAUGUUCUUGUGUGCUACGAUUCCAGCCUACGCGAUCGGGUUUUUUAUCACCGUUAUACUCAGUGGCAUGGGCUGGAACUUGGAAUUUGCGCUACUCUUGAGUGCCCCCCCUUACGUGUUUGCAGCCUUGAGCGUUUUCGUGUUCGCGUGGCUUUCUGACCAUUUCCGUUCGCGUGCAAUAUUUCUUGCAGCGCAGACGAUUCUUACACUCGUGGGUUUCGCGAUUACUGGUUUUGUUGAGCGACCAGGUUGGCGGUAUUUUGGAUUAUUCCUAGGCAACGCGGGCUCCGCUGGUUGCGUCCCUGGUAUCUUGGCCUACUCCUCGAACAAUAUUGUAUCCCAUUCGAAGAGAGCUGUCACAACUGCCAUUAUCAUCAGCUUUGGAGGAUUAGGAGGAAUUAUCGCCACUACGAUCUUCCGUCAGCAGGAUUUUCCGAGAUACAUACCUGGAAUCAGUGUCACAAUUUCGUGCCAGGCUCUGUUGCUGGUCCUUCUUGGAGUGCUCACUCUGAAUUUUCGGUAUCAUAACAAAACAAAGCGAAACACCCUUCAGCCUGCCAUGGGUGGUCGUAUUGACUUUCUCUACACUCUUUAGACCAGCAAUUGAACCACUUAAAACUCGUACUUGUUGUACAUGCGAUGUAAUCACUCGAAUUCAACUCCAACUGUCGAUUACAGUUACUUGACAGCUGGGAACAAACGCUGCUGCGUCCUUCAUUCAGAGGCGAGUCGCCAAAUAAAAGUAUUUUCCUUAGAACAAAACAUGUAUGCUAUCGAAUAUUGCCGACUCACGUCUUUCAUUCCGCGAAAUUCAUGAUUUCAG